UAUAUUGUUUAGCCAAAUUAGUUAACAAACAUGGAUGUUUGUUUAAGCAAAUAACAUAUGCUGUAAUGUUCUUGUUUCAGUUGAAUAAAUCUAUUUAAAUUGUUAUUAUUAAGGUAAUGAUUAUUUUUCUCCUUCCUAAGUACAACAGUAAAGUUGUCCAAAUAUGAAUGAUUAACCUAUUAAACUGGGGAUAAAAAACUAAAAUGAAAAGUUGUUAUUCUAAAAAUCUUCAUCUACUUGCAUAUUAAAGUUAUACCAGCAAGAAUUAGUCUUUAUGUAGAAAAUUAUGAUUUAAAUCAAGCCUUACUGACUAGUGAUUUAAAUCGUGAUUUAAAUGAGUUUGAUUUAAAUCAAAUCCACCCUGGCCCCCUUCAACCCUUCUUUGCUUCAGAAGCUUGUCAGUUUGACUCUGCUGCUUGACAGUCAAACCAUCUCCAGGAUGUUCCCAGGCCAUUUCUGCAACUUCAAGGUUUGAAGUCAGUCUCCUAUUACACUCACCAGAGGAUGGUGCCACAUAGCAAUGGCUGAGCAAAAAUGAGGAUGUUAGUCCCUUUGAGCCUACCCAUGUGCUGAGGCCAUCCUCCAGCUUCUUCCACCAUCACAAAUAUGACCAGAAAAACUCUCCAAGGAAAAGUGUGUUAUUAGUGAUGUAGAAGCAGAAGCAGAACAAAAUUUCUAUGAGUGCUUACAUAACCUGAUUUCCCUAGAUUACAUAACCUGAUUUCCCUAGACAACUGAUAGUAUAGUGAUGGUAUUGAUCUUUCUUAAAAAUUGUGCAUAUGAUACUUCAGUUUCACCAUACUCAAUACUGUACAGUGGUGCCUCGCUUAACGAAUGCCCCGCUUAACGAAAUUUCCGCUUAACAAAAGGAUUUUUCGAGCGGAGGUUGCCUCGCUAGACAAAUCCGUUUUACGAAAAAUUCGUCUAGCAAAUCACAGUUUCCCAUAGGAAUGCAUUGAAAUUCAAUUAAUGCGUUCCUAUGGGCAAAAAAAUCUCAAAAAAAAAAUCAAUGCAUUCCUAUGGGAUUCGCUAGACGAAUUUUUCGUUACAAGAAAAGACCCGUGGAACGAAUUAAAUUCGUCUAGCAAGGCACCACUGUAUAAACAUUUUAGUAAUAUUCUGAAUUUUCAGUUGCCUAGAAGAUUAUUUUUCAAUAUCCAGUUACUUGGGAAAGAAGAUCUUUAUGCAAUCUGCAUUGGUCUUUCUUAUGGUAUUUGAACUGGAACACAGGAAAUCAGCUUAAUUUGCACCUGGCCCUCUUUGUCUUUCCUUCUGUGGCAUGCACCCUGUGGAGAAUGGCAAAGCUACAAAUGGAGCAGAUUAGAGUUGUAAUGUGGCUUCUGCACUACCAGUGCUGGCUGAAUUUCCAAGUGCCCAGAGGUUCCUAUUCUACUUGUUAUAAGGCAUUGAAUAGCCAGACUGUAAUCUGUUGAGGAUUGUUCUGAAAAUUUCACUUUUGUAAUUAAUUUGAAAUUACCAUACGUCUCAUGUUUAUUAAUUUGGAACAUGUAUGAUUUUAUAGUGCAUGGUCUGUGAAAAUGAUUCAGGUGAUCUGCUGUUGCAGCAGUCAUAGCAAAAAGAAUUAGUUUGAACUGUGUGGCUUAAUUAGUGCUUUCAAGGCUGCCUGUAUUGUUAUGCAACCAGUAGUAUUGGCCCUUGUGGAAUUUAGACUAUGCUGUGGUGACAAAACAACGUCUCUAUGUUAAAGGAAAAUAUUUGGGUGCAUGUCAAUAGAAUUUCAUCCUUAGUAGCAAAAUGGUUUGCUUUAACUAUAAUUGAGGGCAUGUCUACAUAUUGCUCUGUUGAAUUGCAUAGAACUUUAAAAAUAUAUGUUUCUGAGUUUGGUGAGAUAAUGAAUUGGAUUCUGGGUAAGUAAGUUGCACUUAGGACCCAUUGAAAUAACUGUGAAAAGUUCAUAAUGAUAGACUACAUUCAUAUAUGCACUUGCCUGGACUCAAAUUUCAUUGAACUGUGUGGAAAUUACUUUUGAGUAGAUAUGCAUUGGAUUGCACUAUUAGUGAAGACUCAUUGGUUUCAGUGGGAACUAAGUUCAACUGACUGACUUCAGAUCCAAGUUCCAAGCCAGUGUAUCUUAAAUUGAAAUAGUCCAAUAAAUUGUGAAUAAACAUUGGUGUUUUCUGUUCAGAAAUUGUGCAUGCUGCUUUCCUAGAGGAAGAUAUUGUAAAUGUAGAUAAGCAUUUGUUUGGUAAGUGUUUGGUAAGAAAUGCUGUCUUCUAAGCUAAAGGAAGAAGAAUUAAUUAUAGAAAGUGUAAGGAUUUAUUUAUUCUUUCAUUUUAGAUAUUUAUAGGCUACACAUAACAAAAAUUCUCAGGGUAUUAUAGCCUGGCUAUAAAUUUUUAUAGUGCUCUCUCACAAUACAUUUUGUUUUUGUUUUUUAGGCAGAGUAAAGGCAUCAAGCAGCAAUGACACCCCACAUUAGGCAAGACAGUAAGUCUGAAGAUGUCUCUGGCAGGAUCUCCGAAUCUGAUCCUGAGGACUUGUCUGAUGAAGAAAAUGCUGAAACUUCCUAUGGAACCUCUCCUCCUAGCACACCACGGCAGAAUAAGCGCUCGUCAACGAAGCAUCUGAAAAAUAGCGUUGGGAGACCUAGCGGCCGCUUUUUAAAAGAGAAGAUGAGCUCGCCAAGCCAGCUGUCCAACAAAGACAACGCCAAAACCACUGAGAACACUGAAGAGCACAGCUAUAAGCAGGGGAAAAAGAUCCGAGCCACCCUGAGGACAACCGAGAGGGAUCACAAGAAAAAUGUACAGUGCUCAUUCAUGUUGGACACGGUUGGUGGGUCCUUGCCAAAAAAGUCAAUUCCAGAUGUUGAUCUCAAUAAGCCUUACCUCAGCCUUGGCUGCAGCAAUGCGAAGCCUCUCGUAUCUGUACCUGUGCCUAUAGCCAAAACUACACGCCAGACUUCUCGUACUGAUUACCCAGCGGACCGCUUAAAGUUCUUUGAAACCCUGCGGCUUUUGUUAAAGCUUACCUCAGUUUCCAAGAAAAAGGACAAAGAGCAGAAAGGGCAGGAGAGCACUUCCGCUGUUGAGUUAAACCGAUCCAAUGAACUAAUUUGGCUUGAACUGCAAGCUUGGCAUGCGGGGCGGACUAUUAACGACCAAGACUUCUUUCUGUACACAGCCCGCCAAGCCAUCCCAGAUAUUAUUGUUGAAAUCCUUACUUUCAAAGUGAACUAUGGGAACCUCUCCUGUCUAGGAAGUGGCGCUAGUCUUAAUGGUACAUCAGGAGGACAGUGUAGAGCAGCUCAUGGAGCUAAUGCUAUGGGCUACUCUAGCUACCAUGAGCAUCUCUAUCGCCAGCGGGUCUCAUUUGAACAGGUAAAGCGGAUAAUGGAGCUGCUAGAAUACGUAGAAGCACUUUAUCCAUCUCUGAAGGCCCUUCAAAGUGACUACGAAAAGUAUGCUGCGAGGGAUUUUCAGGACAGGGUGCAGGCACUCUGUCUCUGGUUGAACAUUACAAAAGACUUAAACCAGAAACUGAGGAUUAUGGGAACUGUUUUGGGCAUCAAGGAUCUCUCUGACAUUGGCUGGCCAGUGUUUGAAAUCCCUUCUCCUCGUCCAUUCAGGGACAACGAUCCAGAGGAUGAGGAUGAGGAGGAGGAGGACGAUAGGGAAACCUCGGGGGCGUGCACAGAAGAAAGUGAAGAUGAAGAACAAAUCUCUCAGGAGAGUGUGGAGGAACUCAGACAAGCCAUCCAGAAUAAUUUUGCCAAUAAGCCAAAUUUUGACUUUCAGGCACAGGACCAUUUGUCGAGAAAGCUUGACAGGCUUGAAUCUGAGGAUGACUCAACCUGCUGGGCUGUUACGGAGUGCAGCGGUGAGACGGGGUGCAGCAGACACUGUUUGACCUCUAUUUAUAGACCGUUUGUAGAUAAAGCACUGAAACAAAUGGGGUUGCGAAAGCUCAUUUUAAGACUGCACAAGUUAAUGCACGGUUCCUUGCAAAGGGCCCGAAUGGCAUUGAUAAAGAGCGAUCAGCAGUUGGAGUUUUCAGAGUACCCAGAUCCCAUUUUAUGUUCAGAUUACGUGCAGUUGUCAAAUUCUCCGCCUUCUUCAGAUCAAAAGUGCAGCACUGUGUCACGGGAAGAGCUGAAGUCUAUGGAUUUGCCAUCUUUUGAGCCUGCAUUCCUAGUUCUUUGCCGAGUCCUUCUCAAUGUUAUCCAUGAAUGCCUCAAAUUAAGGUUGGAACAGCGGCCUGCUGGGGAGCCAUCUCUCUUGAGUAUUAAACAGCUAGUGAGAGAGUGUAAAGAGGUCCUGAAAGGGGGUCUGCUUAUGAAGCAAUAUUAUCAGUUUAUGUUACGUGAGGUGUUAGAUGACUUACAGAAGAACAACUGCAACAUCGACUCUUUUGAGGAAGACCUGCAUAAGAUGUUAAUGGUUUAUUUUGAUUAUAUGCGAAGCUGGAUCCAAAUGCUACAGCAGUUACCUCAAGCAUCUCAUAGUUUAAAAAAUCUCCUGGAGGAAGAAUGGAAUUUCACCAAAGAAAUCACUCCUUAUAUACGAGGAGGUGAAGCUCAAGCUGGAAAAUUGUUCUGUGACAUUGCAGGGGUGCUGCUUAAAUCUACAGGGAUCUUUUUAGACUCUGGCUUACAAGAGAGCUGUGAUGAGUUUUGGGCUAAUGCUGAUGACAGUGCAGCUUCAGAUGAAAUCAGGAGGUCUGUGAUAGAGACCAGCCGGGCACUGAAAGAGCUGUUCCAUGAAGCCAGAGAGAGAGCAUCCAAAGCUCUUGGCUUUGCCAAGAGAUUAAGAAAGGACCUUGAAAUAGCAGCAGAGUUCACAUUGUCUGCCUCUGUGCGGGACUUCCUCAAUGCCCUGAAAGCACAACAGUACAUGAAGGUACAGAUCCCUGGACUUGAAAACUUGCAGAUUUUUGUGCCAGAUAACCUUUCAGGAGAGAAAUCUAUCAUCCUGCAGCUACUUAAUACAGCUGCAGGGAAGGACUGUUCAAAAGACUCUGAUGAGGUUGCAAGCGAACCAUUUUUACUUAUGACAAAGUACAGGGACAAAGAUGAUGACACUGAUGACAGCUGGAGCACUUGGGAAGGACAGCCUGUCAAAAUUGUCCCUCAGGUGGAGACAAUUGACACAUUGAGAAGUAUGCAGGUUGACAACCUCCUCCUUGUAGUCAUGCAGCCUGUUCAUCUUGUGAACCAGAGAAAAGCUGUCCAACAGUUUCUUGAAGGGCUCAUCUCUUUACAUCAGGAGCAAACAUCCAGCCAGCCAGUCAUUGCCAAAGCUUUGCAGCAGCUGAAGAGUGAUGCAUUACAGCUUUGCAAUAAGAUAAGCAGUGCGAUUGACAGAGUUGAUCGCAUGUUCACAUCUGAAUUUGAUGCUGAGGUUGAUGAAUCGGAAUCUGCCACCUUGCAGCAAUAUUAUCGGGAAGCCAUGAUUCAGUGUUACAACUUUGGUUUUGAGUACCACAAAGAAGCCAUCCGUCUGAUGUCUGGGGUAUUCAGACAGAAAAUUGGAGACCAGUAUAUCAGUUUUGCAAGGAAGUGGAUGAAUUAUGUCCUUACUAAGUGUGAGAGUGGCCGAGGUACUAGACCAAGGUGGGCAACACAAGGUUUUGAUUUCCUUCAAGCCAUUGAGCCAGCCUUUAUUUCAGCUCUGCCUGAAGAUGACUUUUUGAGUUUACAGGCGUUGAUGAACGAAUGUAUUGGCCAUGUAAUUGGAAAGCCUCAUAGUCCUGUUACAGGUUUGUACCUUGCUAUUCAUCGGAAUAGUCCCCGUCCUGUGAAAGUACCUCGGUGCCAUAGUGAUCCCCCAAAUCCUCACCUCAUCAUCCCAACACCAGAAGGGUUCAGCACAAGGAAUGUCCCAUGUGAUGUACGGAACCAUUGCAGCCCUGCUGUUAGUCGCCCCACUCCCGUCGGUGGUGACUCAACUCAGCCAAAACCACCUGUCAGCAGUACAAAUGAUAUCAGAGGCUCCAGCGUCCCUGAAAAUGAUAGACUGGCUUCAGUUGCUGCUGAACUGCAGUUUAGAUCAUUAAGCCGCCACUCAAGUCCCACUGAAGAACGUGAAGAGCCUACUUAUCCAAAAGGAGACUCUAGUGGAUCAGCCCGAAGAAGUUGGGAGCUUCGGACUCUUAUCAGUCAGACCAAAGACACUGCUUCCAGGCAGGGACCCAUGGAGGCAGUUCAGAAAUCUGUCCAGCUGUUUGAAGAAAAGAGGUACCGAGAAAUGAGGCAGAAAAAUAUCAUUGGCCAAGUUUGCAACACUCCCAAAUCUUACGAUAACGUCAUGCAUGUAGGCUUGAGAAAGGUGACUUUUAAGUGGCAGAGAGGAAACAAAAUCGGAGAAGGUCAAUAUGGGAAAGUCUAUACCUGCAUCAGUGUUGACACUGGUGAACUGAUGGCCAUGAAAGAAAUAAGAUUUCAACCAAAUGAUCACAAAACAAUCAAAGAAACAGCAGAUGAAUUGAAAAUUUUUGAAGGCAUUAAGCACCCUAACCUGGUUCGGUACUUUGGUGUUGAACUCCACAGGGAAGAAAUGUACAUCUUCAUGGAAUACUGUGAUGAGGGAACUCUAGAAGAAGUGUCAAGGCUGGGCCUCCAGGAGCAUGUCAUUAGGCUUUACACUAAGCAGAUCACAACGGCCAUCAAUGUGCUGCACGAACAUGGCAUAGUGCACCGAGACAUCAAAGGAGCAAACAUAUUUCUUACUUCAUCGGGGCUGAUUAAGCUGGGAGACUUUGGCUGUUCGGUAAAACUAAAGAAUAACACACAGACGAUGCCUGGUGAAGUGAAUAGUACUCUGGGAACUGCAGCAUACAUGGCUCCUGAAGUGAUCACUAGAGCUAAAGGAGAAGGUCAUGGGCGUGCAGCAGACAUCUGGAGUCUAGGCUGUGUUGUGAUUGAAAUGGUCACUGGGAAGAGGCCCUGGCAUGAAUUUGAGCACAACUUCCAGAUAAUGUAUAGAGUAGGGAUGGGCCAUAAGCCUCCCAUCCCAGAAAAGAUAAGCCCAGAAGGAAAAGACUUUCUUUCUCACUGCCUGGAAAGUGAGCCAAAGAUGAGAUGGACAGCUAGCCAGCUCCUCGACCAUUCAUUUGUCAAGGUGUGCACAGAUGAAGAAUGAAGUUAUGCACAAUGCGUGGCCUCCUGUUCUCUGGUGAAGUAUCUCUUAAUCACUACUGUAUGUAAUAUUUACAUAAAAGACUAUGCUGAGACCCAGGAUACAGUUCAAAAGUUUCCGUGACUGAAGACUGCACAGGUGACCAGCGUCACUUCUACUGCUGCUCUCAUUCAUUUUCCCUUGGCGGGUGUUGCUCCCGGGCGAUGCCCACAAGUUCAAAGAAGCUGCAUGUUUCCGUGAAAGUGCCAUUACUACUGUAUAAUGGACCAUGACCUUAUUUUUGUUCCUUCGCCUCCAUUUCUCAUAUGACUGAGAAUUGUAAAGUUAAUAUGUAGUAUUUUUGAACUUUCUAGGUUCGAAAAAAAACAAAGGUUAGUGUUAUAUCAGGUAUUCUGGACCUUGUUUUUACUCUCCUGUUGUUGAGUGCACUGACUGUGAACUUCUACCUUUUUUUGUUUUUGUUUUUUAUUGGCCAGCUUGAUUUGUUAAUGCAAAGGCUGUUUGAUGAAAUCUAAAGGCCUUUCCUCAAUAAAUUGUUUAUUUUAGGAAGUCUUUUUCUUUAUUUCAUUGUUUGAAGCUGUUUGUGUUAAUUCUCUCAGCACAUUCAAGGGCUGUAAUUUUACAGUACUUCUGCAACAUUUUAAUAGUCUAGUUUAGUUCAUUGAUCUAAACCUUAUUAUAAUACAUCACUAGAACCGUCACAGUUUAUGUCUACUGAUAAGUAAGUAGCAGCUUUAGGGUUUGUUCACAACUGUGACUUUACCUGCUCUUUAGUCUUCUGUCCAGUCUGAAGUUUGAACACCAGUGUGCAGAAGUAACUGGCGCUUACUUAUUGAUCCUAAAAGACAUUUCAUAUGCUGGUAUAAUUCUGGUGGCAUUUUAAGACCUGUAACCUUUAAUAGCAAAGUUCUUUUGAUAAUUCUGCAACAUUCCACUUUCAGGUCUUUUGUUAUUCAUCACAGAAGUGAAUCUUGAAAGGCUGCUUUUGUGAUUUUCUUGUGUGUGCUCUCUGAUGUGUCAGGUACCUGUUAAGGCAAAAAUAAAGAUGAGAUUUUUCCUAGGAACCAGGAAAAAUCUCAGGAGCCUUACAUUCCGACGGUGUAUAUAAUAAGCUCAUGGAAAUUGUGUGUGUGUAUACACAGCACACCAAGAGAUGCAAGCAGAUUUAUUUUUAUUUGAACUCAGCCUAAGGAUAAGUAGGAAAUUUUUGUAACAUGGCAUAGCCUUCAAGAGAACACAAGUAUCAGAGACAGAGAACCCUUUUUAUUUUCAAAGCAUGCUAGUUACUAAGCGUUUGUGCUGUAUUUGCCUUCAUAACUUUUGUUUUGUUUCAGAAAAGAUCCUUUUUAGGUAUAAAAAAAGUAAAACUGCUUGGGAUGACAGGGCCAAAUCUAAUCCCUUGGUGGUGGUGUUCAUCAUGGCUCACAUGUGUACUUCAUCAUGUGCAAAUGGCAAGAAUAGACUGUACAGUCAAAUGCUUGCGAGUCAAACGUUUUGGCUCCUGAACACCGCAAACCUGGAAGUGAGUGUUCCGGUUUGCAAACGUUCUUUGGAACCCAAAUGUCUGAUGUGGAAGCCUUGGUUUCCAAAUAUUUUGGAAGUUGAACGGACUUCUGGAAUGGAUUCUGUUCAACUUCUGAGGUACCACUGUAAUCAUAAUAUAAUGAAGUCUUCAGAUGAGCAGGCCAUCAUACGAUUGUGUUCAUUGUGUGGGUCACAAAC